AUGAAUACGAAGUUGUUGACGCCAAACAACAACAACAUGCUCAGUAACGAUCCUCAGGUACUUAUUUUCUUUUCUAUUGCAGUUUUAGUUCUUCAAAAUAGCCAUUAUCUCAAAUCGUUCAGUUUUUUUUUCAUGGAUCAACUUUAAAUAUAAUUUUUCCACUUGUCACGGUUCAAUGCAGCCUGAAAAUUAUUCGUUUUUCUUGAGUUCAUUUGAAUAACGAUUAACCUGUUCUCGUUGUUUUCUGAUCUGGCGAGAAAGUUCUUUUUGGCGGUUCGUCUCCAUAAUUGCUCGUUAGCCUUGUUAUUAACUCUCUAAUUAUACCUCGAGGUACAGAACUUUGAUCCCCUCGUCCGAUUGGACUUGCUGCACUAAUAAAUUUCUAAUUUUGUCUUUUUUGAAUGAAGUUGAAUCGCAUUCCUGUCAGUUAUGAUUUUAGCAAAAUGUAUUUUAACUAAAAAGCUUAAAAUUUCCGCUUUCUUUUUCAAGUAACAGAGAGCAAAAAUUAGUUGGAAUCUGAUCAAGAUGAUAAGAUCUAUUAACUGUCCUGUUAGACAGCUAGGAGUGCAGGGAAGAAUAUGCAAGAAGCGAAUUCGUUUUUUUUUCUUGAAUUUCGGGUCAGUCUGAACCUCGGAAAUUUACGCGAAAGCUGUCCCAAGGGACUCUCCGAAGCUUUCUUUUUUUCCUUACACGGGAAGUGCGAAAGGUCGAGGUAUUGGAAUUUAAUGAGACUUGGUAUAUAGGUACUUCCGAACACCCUGAAUCCAAAGCAGUUGAAAAAAAGUGCGCCUUUUUGGUUUUAGUCGAGUUAGGGCGCCUCAAAGUUUGCACGCAAAAAAUGCAUUGGAAGGGAGGAGGGAAUGUGUUGCGGCGGCUAACUCUAGCUACCAGCAGGCGGCGUGGUGUAGUGGCUAGCGGCCUUGCGCUGUGAAACCUGUGAUGCAGGUUCGGUCCCUUUUUGGUGAAAUUUUUUUUUGCUAUGAAGUUUUUCGAAAAAAUUGAUGAAUUUUUGAAGAUGGAACGAAAAAUACUGUUCAAAGUGUUAAAAUUCACUAUUUUAUGUCGUUUUGAGAAAGAAUUUCAACAAAAACAUUUUUUUAAGUCUUUUUUUGUCCUGCUCUGUGCAGGAAAUUUGGGCGUCGAGAUUAUUCUUGCGAGAGUUCAUAGGUUUGUGAUAUAAAUAACAAAUUAUUGUAGUUCUAUGCUUCUAUUCUUAUUCAUCAAACGAUUUUUUUCUUCAAAGAUGGCGGUUAGUUAACCCUUUUCCUUGUCUUUUUUUUUCAUUCCCUGCAGCAUCGCCAUAUCAUCUCGAUUGUGAAAAUAAAGUGAAGCUGGACUUUAAUACGCAUUUUUACACACAUAACGUCAUAAAGGAAGGAAAGAAGAAUAAAUCUCAUAAAACUUUGAUUAUAUUGGUUCAUCAGAAAUUUUUUUGAAAGAAUGGGUCGACCAUAAGCCUUAUGGUUUGGCAAGGAAAAAUGGAGCAAAAAAAUUUUUUGUUUUAUUCUUUCUCAGAUGGGCAUAAAAUGGCGAAUUUCAAAAUUUUGAGCUGUUCUUUCACUCCAUCAUCAAAACUUCCUCAUUUUUCAAAUAAAAAAAAUUGGCAAAAAUAAAAUUUCACCAAAAAGGGACCGAACCUGCAUCAUAGGUUUCACAGCGCAAGGCCGCUAGCCACUACACCACGCCGCCUGCUGGCAGCUAGAGUUAGCCGCCGCAACACAUUCCCUCCUCCCUUCCAAUGCAAUUUUUGCGUGCAAACUUUGAGGCGCCCUAACUCGACUAAAACCAAAAAGGCGCACUUUUUUUCAACUGUAUUGGAUUCAGGGUGUUCGGUAGUACCUAUAUACCAAGUUUCAUUAAAUUCCAAUACCUCGACCUUUCGCACUUCCCGUGUUAGCAACACUAAAUCAUUCAAUCGAAUUUCAAACAUUUAAGGGCUCCGUUAUUGUUAUAUAAUUUCAUAGGAAAGUUUGGUAUUAUCCGAAUUCUGAAAUUAAUUCUCGUGUUUGUUGAUGAGGUUGAGCUUCAAAUUUUUUUUUUCCAAUUUAAAGGACGUUUCAGACGACAUACACGAGUACACAACGGUACUGCACGGCGCCGAACAUCGACAUCGGCGAGUCCAAGACGAAUUUGAUCAUCAACUACCUGCCUCAGGGCAUGAGUCAGGAAGAAGUUCGAUCUCUUUUCGCCUCGAUUGGUGAGAUCGAGUCCUGCAAGCUGGUCCGCGACAAAAUGACAGGUUCGUCUUUCAUUCAAAAUACAACACCAAAAAUCGAAUGACCGAGGGGAAAGGAGUGUUCGGGCGACCGGUUGAGCUUUUGUUUUUUGGUUUUUCGUCUUGUAAUAUGUAAUAGGUAAAGCGAUACUCGGGAUACUGACGGACUAAGCAAAAAAAAACUUUUCAUCUAUUUAUCAAAAUACAAGAAGUUCGUAUAAAAAGCUAUUUUUUCACGGCGUUGCUGUUCUUCCUUAUUUUUUAAUUGUAAUCAGAACUAAGUUUUUUCUCGUUCUCGCCUAGUUUUCUGUCAGUAUCAUGUGAAAGGCGACUCAAUCCGCGGUUUAGAGGCCCCCGGUGGUCCGACGCUCUUACCCUGAAGUCUAAAAUCUUCUCACUUCAACCACAAAGUCGCUUUCAGUAACAUUAUCACGCUAUUUUUUUCUCAUUAGUUUUACGAUUCUUUGCGAGAAAGAGAAAGAAUCUUUUUAGAUUAGUCUUAGUUUGCACCGAAACCCCUUGUCCUAAUUUGUGUGUUUUCGUAGUGAUGCUUUUUAUUUGAUUUAUUUUUAAUUUUUACUAUUAUUUAUGCGUGUUGAUUGGUUUUCUCUGUCGUUUUAACAUCGAUAAAAGCACAUCGUUAUACAAUCUUCCAUAGAGAAGAAACUACAAAAAACAGAGAAACAAAAAUUAUAAUUGAACCCGUCAAAUACUUUUUUUUGUAUUUCUUUCCACGUUUCGGCUUAAUUUAAGUUUUGGGUUUUCAUUGCUUUACAUGUGUUCACUCUUUAUCGGCAAAGCUUCAAAAAAACAUUUAUCUUCUUUUUAUAACUGAUCAUUCCUCCGACGCGUGUGAACGACCUACACAUCGGGAAAAAAAAACUUUGCUUGUUACACUUAGCAUAAGCUUCACACUUUGAAAACAGACAAAAUAGAAAUAAGUUAGAUUUGUUUUUGGUUCAAUGCGAAAAAAUACAAUGGGCUUCAAUUCGUGGCAAACCCAGUUAAUCCUUUUUGCUUUUCAAGCUAAAAAAUUUCAUUCGAAGUUAAAAUGGGCUUCUACAGUCACGAAGGCGGUGUUGACGGCGGAAUUAGCUUGAAGGGUGAUUUGAAGAUAAUUUUUAAAAUUCAAAAUUAUGUUUAUGUAGCCGUGAAUCUUAUUUUUUCUUAAAGAGCCUUCAGGCCCACUGAAAAGAGAAGUGGAAAGAGCAAUUCAAAAAACCGUUGAAUGCGAAAUUUCGAGAAAGAACUUCUCUACAGAUAAAAGUGACUUGUAAGCGUUCUAGUUUCAACUCACUCAAAAUAAUGGCUUUUAACCCCGCUGCCAACGCCGCCGUCGACUUUUUCUCCGUGUCCUUUCUCAGCUCGCAUUUGCCGUUUGUUUCUGGUUGCAGGCCAAAGCCUUGGUUAUGGUUUUGUUAAUUACGUGCGCGAGGAGGACGCCCUUCGCGCGGUCAGCUCGUUCAACGGCCUCCGGCUCCAGAACAAGACGAUCAAGGUCCGCUACUGUCUUUCUUUUCUUCUUCUUUUCAUUCAUUAUCAGUUCAGCUCCUUUUUCUUCCGUUCUUCCUUAUUUCGGUCUUAUGUUUACAACCCCACGGCUUCUCUUUUCAUCUUUUUUGUGUGUCGGUUCACUUACAUCUUGAAUAACUUCCCGAACUCAAGUGCUAAGAAAGAGUAGAUGAAAACCAAAUUUCGACAUUUUUCCAUAUCACUGAGAGUAAAUUCUUCCUCUGAGAGAAGCAUUGGAUUUUUCAAGCUACUGCAAAUAAAUAAUGGUUCAAUGGACCUGAAGUUAGGUAGGGCUGACAUUCAAGUUGAGAGCGAAAAAUUGUUUUUGGGCCUGCGUCGGCUGUUAUUCAUAUUUUUCACCAAGGCGUUAGUUUUUGCUUCAAUUCAUCAUGAUUUCAUAACAAAAAUGUGUGCCCGAUUUCCCGCGAUAUAAAUUUGAACAGAAUGAGAAAACGGCGUUUUGAAAAACAAGUAUUUGUAGAAGUCAUGAGUAGAUCUCCGAGAAGUUGUUUUUCUUUUGAAAUAUUUUUUGAAAAUUAAGAUUUCACAAAAAAAAAUUCGAAAAGCUCAGAUGGAACUAAAAGGGUCUUGUUUGAUGUCUUUGCUCUUUUUAUUGGGAGAAGGCGUUUGUUCUUCAAUUUCCAACUUUCCACGAAGCGAAUCGAUUGUUCAAACGCUGCGCAAUAUUAUCGUGUUGCGGAUUCCGGCAGUAUGCACCCAGCGGGGCUUUUGUGAACCACAAUAGACGCAUAUGUUUGCCAAAAGAUCGGAUUUCGACACUCACACGGACGGUUGCCCUUUUCGUUCUCUAUUCAGCUAGGUUUCACAUCGCCCCAAGCGACCAUUUCAUGUAGUAGGAGAACAAUUCGUUCAAAAAACAAGCUCGAGGAGAUAAAAAAAAACCCGGAAGUUAUGUAGAGCACUAUUGUUAGUGGCGCCAUUUGCUCUUUUUGAAUAUAUUAACACUUUGCUUGAUCUGCUGAUGUGUUUGUUUUGUCUUAACCAUUUCUUCUCUACUCCAAGCAUCUUCGAGUACAGUUGCUGCUCCAAAACGAGGAAUAGUGGGAAAUUAUGAGCUUAAGGUGUCGUAUGCCCGCCCCAGCAAUGACAACAUCAAAGGCUCGAAUCUAUACGUUUCUGGAAUCCCCAAGUCUAUGACGUUGAACGAAUUGGAAGGCAUUUUCCGCCCUUUUGGUCAAAUCAUCACUUCUCGCAUCUUAUCCGACAACAUCACAGGUUAGUUGCUCGCUGCAGCCGAGUUUGACCAAAAAAAACUCCCAGCAGGAGGAGGAACAACACCUGCUUAGCCCUGAAAAAAGGUCCACAGCCUCAUGAAAAUGUCUUUACACUUUUCAAAACAAAAACUGCGUGCGAUUUGUUGGGAUACUUAUAUUUUCCUCGUCCUUGCGAAAAGGGGAACUUUUCCGAAAUUGAAAUAAAUUAAAACAAUCGAAAGAAAUACUGUUUAUAAUAAUAGAAGUUCGAGGAAACAAAGCAGACCAAAAGGAACCCGAGAGGAAUAUAAAGAAGGAAAGUUUGAGAAAUAUCGGUUAAGGAAUAAAAAAUCAGCAAAAGUUUAGUUUUUAGAACAAACAUAUUUAGGGAAUAACCGUAAAACUGAAAUCGUUAGUGAAUGGAAAAGCGAACGAAAAAGAUAAGAAGAAAUCUUCAAAUAUUAAGAUUUUGUCUUCUAGAAUAUUCUUUCGCGCCUACUAUUCAAAAUAUUCGCUCUUUAUGAUCUCUUUUCAGAUCUUAUCAUUUUUAGAGACCAAAAUGAUCUGAAAUUGUGUUGCAGGGCUGUCAAAGGGAGUCGGUUUCGUUAGAUUCGACAAAAAAGACGAGGCUGACGUCGCGAUCAAAACGUUGAAUGGAACGAUUCCAGUCGGUUGCAACGAGCAAAUCACAGUCAAGUUUGCCAACAACCCCGCUAGCAAUUCUACCAAAAAUGUACUCCAAGAAGUGAGCGUCCAGUGGUUUUUCUGAGAAAAACCAAAACUUGCAGUUGGAAGCGGUUCAGCAAGCUGCAAACCUGGUGCCGCUUUCGACUCUCCUUGGAGCCUCGCCUCUCAGAACCAGCACGAUCGGACCAAUUCACCAUACUCCGAUUGCGAAAUACAGGUUUCGUUCUCAUAUUUUUUUCUGGAAGGCCUGGAAAUUGCUCAGGUAUUCGCCGAUGGGAACGGUUCCAACGGCUCCAACGGUCCCAGCCGCAGACUAUUUCACAACCUCGGCCUUGCUGCAAAUGAGUCAGUUGAACGCUCUCGCUGGCUUCACUUUUCCCAAUGGUCUUUCCACCGUGCAGACUAUGCCAGGUACGCGUUUCUCCGCUUCUCGCGCCGAGUCUGAAAACUGAAGUUGCCUAAUAUGAUAGUUUUGAAGGAGCGGAUUUGACGACGGCUUCUUUUCUGGCGCAACAACAGGCCGCCGCCGCCAGUCCUCCCAACACCUCGGCUCAAGCCCAAUUGGCAGCAAUGAGUGCUUCCGCCGCAGCCGGCCUUCCAGCAACGGAUACGGCCGGAUACUGUCUUUUCGUAUACAACCUCGGUGCCGACACUGAAGAUAGCCUUUUGUGGCAGUUAUUCAGUCCUUUCGGCGCGGUCCUCAGUGCCAAGGUAUAUAGGAUUUUCAAGCAGUCUGACCUUCAGAUUGCCUUUUAGGUCAUACGCGACUUUGCCACUCAGAAGUGCAAGGGGUACGCCUUCGUUUGCAUGGCGUCCUACCCAGAAGCCUACAGCGCCAUGCUCGCUCUAAACGGCACUCAAAUCGGCAGUCGGACGCUUCAGGUAAGGUUUCAUCUCGAAUAAAACGUUUUACUUUCUGCGAUAAAUCCCAUUUUGGUGGACUCUCAAAGUUUUCUUUUUUCAGAUUUGCUUCAAGGCUGCGUCAGCCGCAAGCUCUCUGAUAAGAUGA